GUUUUUACAAAUCAAAUUAACUUAGAUAAGGUACUAUUCUCUUUUUCGGAUUACAAACAUAGUGAUUUCGUGGAUCUUUUUCAAGAAUCUACAGAAAGUGAGAAUGAACAUGGUAUGUGCACAGCCAAUGACGCCUACCUCAGAGACAAGUGGAUCAGCGAUGAUGAGCUUGCAGGGCCGUCGCACGCUGUACCCCCGACUGGGCAUGGUAUACAGAUUAUUUCUGAAAGGGAUUUAGCUCAGUUGGCUCUGAUUCGGCCAUUAAAAUUCAGUUUUCACGAGCAAUCAGACAUCAAGAAUGAUUUUCAAAUACUUCAGAAAAGGAUAGAAGAACAAGAAAUCAUUCAGGAGUACAUGGCUUUGGACAAUAAGAAUAUGCAUUAUGAGUUCAACUGUGGAAAUGAACUAUGCAACAGAGACAAAAACAGAUAUCGAGACAUCCUUCCAUAUGAUUCAACACGUGUUCCUCUUGGAGAAAACAAGGACUACAUUAAUGCUAGUUAUAUUAGGAUAACCAAUUCUGGAGAAGAGUAUUUCUAUAUCGCUACCCAAGGGCCACUGCCAACUACCACAGAUGACUUUUGGCAAAUGAUUUUGGAAAAUAACUCUAAUGUUAUUGUCAUGAUAACCAGAGAGAUAGAAGCUGGAGUUCCCAAAUGCCAUCGUUACUGGCCCAUUUCUACGAAGAAGCCUUUGGAACUGAAACACUGUCGUAUCUUCCUGGAGAACUACCAGAUACUUCCAUAUUUCACCAUUCGAAUAUUUCAAGUUGUGAGGAAGUCUACAAGAACUAGGCACUUUAUAAAACAGUUGCAGUUCACCAACUGGCCAGACCACGGCACUCCUGCGCCACCAGAGUGUUUCAUACAGUAUGUCCGCUAUGUGAGGAGCAGCCACCUGACAGGACCCAUCGUGGUUCACUGCAGCGCAGGCGUGGGCCGGACCGGGGUGUUCAUCUGUAUAGAUGUGGUGUUCUGCGCCAUUGAAAAGAACUUUGCAUUCAACAUCAAAGAUAUCGUUGCCCAAAUGAGAGCACAACGUUAUGGCAUGGUUCAAACAAAGGAGCAGUAUUGGUUUUGUUAUAAAAUUGUGCUUGAAGUUCUUCGGAAGCUUGCGACUUUGGAUUUAGAAAGACUGAAGUUGCAUCACACUUGACAUACCAGGUGGCCUGGAGCUUCCUCAGACAGAGCAUGACAGGUUGUGCUGAAGGAAGGGCUCUGCUGUGCUCACAAUCUGCUCUCUCGGUGUAUCAUUUGAUUUCCUUUCUGACAACUCCUGAAGGCAGCAUUCUUUGGUUUGGGGUGAAUAGUGUCUACCCACUGAUUUUACUUAGAUAAUAUCAAAAUACCCUCCCACAUUUUCCAAUAAAAUAAAAGUUUCUUAAAACAACUGCAGCCUAUUUGGUUGAAGGGAUUACAGAGCCCAAUAAAGGACUUAAACUAUAUUCAUUAAGAUUUUAUCUGGAAAGAUAGCUAAAGGGAGCUGAGGAUUUCCCAGACCUUAGCAAGCCUUGAUUCUGGGAGGACCUAGAACCAGUAAACUGACUUCUUACAGGCAUUUUCAAGACAGAUAUUUAUCCAUGGUUAUUAGCUAGAAUCUAUACUAUUAGCUGGCAUUUGAAUAACUCAGUUCACUGAAGAUUCCUAUUAGGAUGGUUUAAUGUGUUAUGCAAAUUGGACUCCAUUUUUCUGUACCUCCAAGUCCCAUGGAGCCCCAGGGAGCUCAGAGGACCAGCUGCCUUUCUAGAACCACUGGACA